AUGUCGACGAGCUUGCGCCGUAACUUGGAGUGUCGUACACACAUGGCUUGCUCCCAAUUCCUGACAGACCUCGAGAAUUCAGGCUUAUUGCAUUGUUAUGGGAAGGCUGGGAGACAACAAGAAAAUAUACUAUCUGAUUAUAAAAAGAACAACAUUGAGACCCUCGUCACGCAUCGACCACCAUGCAAAUCUGCAUAUGCACAGAAUAGAACAGUAAAUGAAAACAACAUAAUAAACAUAACACUGCUCCCUGAUACUCCCGCUGCAGAUAUUAACAACAAUAGGAUCGGUGAACUGUUUACACUAUGUGUACUUAAUGCACAGUCACUUAACAACAAGGCUGCUCAAUUUAUCGACUAUGUUGUUGAUUGCAAAGCAGAUAUUGUAUCACUCACUGAAACUUGGUUUACAAACACUGAGUCGGCUACUAGAGUAUUGUGCACGCCAAAUGGAUACAAUCUCCUCGACCACCCCCGCUCUAAUCGUGUAGGUGGUGGGACAGGAAUUUUAUUUAAGGAGAAUAUUACUGUCAAAAAACUAGCUGCUGGCGAACUUCGUUCCUUUGAAUACUCUGAAUGGAGCGUUGUUAAUGGAUCUCGCCGCCUACAUUUAAUAAUUGUGUAUCGACCACCGUACUCAGACGCUCAUCCGGUGACUACAAGUGUAUUUUUCUCCGAGUUUACCAACUUCUUGGAAUCAAUUACUUUGUCCAACGACCCUCUCCUAAUAACGGGUGAUUUCAACAUCCACGUCGACUGUACGGACAACUUAGAUUCCAUUAAAUUCCUUGAUCUCCUUGAAAGUACCGGACUUAAACAGCAUGUCAGAGGCUCCACUCACUGCUCUGGCCAUACCCUUGAUUUAAUAAUCACCAAGCAGACUGAUAAUAUCAUCACCAGCAUUCCGAGGGUUGACCAUUUGUUUUCUGACCAUAACGCUGUUCUUUGUAACCUUGAAUCUAACGCAGUACCACUAACACAGAAACAUAUUUCUUUUCGUAAACUUAAAUCUGUCAAUAUCGAGGCUUUAAAAGAAGAAAUAUCCUCUUCCGACCUCUGUAAAAACCCACCAUCCAAGCUGAUAGACCUGGUUUCAUGCUAUAAUAAUACCUUGAUGACUGCUCUAAAUCAUCAAGCGCCACUGAUCUCCAAGACUAUUACCACCAGGCCUGCGGUCCCAUGGUACAAUGAUGAGAUUAAAUGUGCAAAGCGUUUGAGAAGGAAAGCAGAAAGAAAAUGGAGACGUACUAAACUUCCGACUGAUUUCCUUGCUUUUAAAACUGCGAAAAAUCAUACAACGUUUCUUAUGAACCAAGCGCGGCAAAAUUUCUAUAGACAGUUUAUCUCAGAGAACAGUCAAGAUCAGAGGAAACUAUUUCGUGCAACUAAAGGUCUUUUUAGACAUGAUUCUGAUCUUGCCUUUCCCCACUAUAACGACAGCAAUGCUCUCUCUAAUGAUUUAGGACAAUUCUUUGCUCAAAAGAUUAUCAAUAUUCGCUCUGAACUUGAUACAGCAUCAACCUAUGAACAAGCAGUUUUUUCUGACAUGCCGUCGGUCUCACUGAACAGUGACCAGAUUUAUCAAGAAUUUUCUCCUAUGAGCGAUGAUGAUACUGAACGGCUAAUAACCUCGUCAAACAAGAAAUCUAGUUCCUUGGAUCCUAUCCCAACUAAAUUGGUCGUCGAAUGCCUGGAUGUUCUUCUGCCUGUUAUUACCAAAAUGAUUAACCUUUCACUAGAGUCUGGCAUUUUCCCAUGUGUCUGGAAAGAGGCUGAUGUCCAGCCAAGACUCAAGAAACAAGGCUUGGAAGUAAUAUUUGAAAACCUACGACCUAUCUCCAACCUCCCAUACGUUUCAAAACUAGUCGAAAGGACAGUUUACAAUCAAUCCCAUAAUCAUCUAUCAGUUCAUCAUUUGUACCCUGGUAAUCAAUCGGCAUAUCGAGAAUUUCAUAGCACCGAGACAGCACUACUGCGUGUUAAGAACGAUAUACUUAUGAACAUGAAUAGGCAACACGUCACUUUACUUGUACUGCUCGACCUCAGUGCUGCGUUUGAUACCGUCGAUCAUGUUCUCCUACUUCAGCGCCUGCAAUUGAAAUUCGGUCUAUCUGGAACUGUUCUUAAAUGGUUUACAUCUUACCUUUCUCAGCGAACACAAAGAGUUACAGUUGGCGGUGUGUCCUCCGAGAAAUUCAAAGUUGAUUGUGGUGUUCCUCAGGGAUCGUGUCUAGGUCCGCUUCUGUUCGUUCUUUAUGUAAGCGAACUACUUGAGUUAAUAGAGCGUCACCUACCAGAUGCACAUGCUUAUGCCGACGACACCCAGCUUUAUAUCUCGUUUCGCGCAGAUUCUCGUAUCGACCAAGAAACUGCAGUCCGAACUGUUGAGAUGUACAUUGAUGACAUCAAACGAUGGAUGCUUGCUAAUAGACUGAAACUCAACGAGGGAAAAACUGAAGUAAUUCUAAUCGGCACGUGGCAACAACUCGAAAAAAUCGACUUCAACAAUAUUCGUGUUGGCAGCAAUGUUGUUACUUGUGUUGAGAACGCCAAGAACCUCGGCUGCUGGUUUGACUCGCAGAUGAAAAUGGACACCCAUGUUACUAAAUGCUGCAAAGCUGCCUUCUUUCACCUUUAUAACAUUAGACGUAUUAGGAAGUUCCUCGAUCAACAUACAACUCAGAUUCUUGUGCAGGCUUUCGUUAUAAGCCGCCUGGACUACUGUAACAGUCUUUUUUAUGGCCUUCCUUCAACCCAACUGAGGAAAUUACAAGCUGUUCAAAACGCGGCAGCCCGGCUUAUCUGCAAUACUCCUCGGUUCGAUCAUAUCACUCCUGUCUUAUAUGAUCUUCAUUGGCACCCGAUUAAGUCCCGCAUCGACUUUAAAAUCCUUCUUAUUACAUACAAGGCCCUAAACAAUCAAGCUCCGACGUACAUUAAAGAGCUCCUCUCAACUAAAAAACCCACCAGUUACAACCUUAGAUCCCACUCUGAUCCGUGUCUACUAGAACGCCCCAGACUUAAAACUCUUAAGACCUUGGGUGAUCGAUCAUUUUCUCUCGCUGCCCCAACUUUGUGGAACGCUCUUCCCAAAGCUAUCAGGAUUGCAUCCUCAACAGCUACAUUUAAAAAGUUACUAAAGACAUUUCUAUUCUUAGAAGCUUUUAAUUAA